UUCACCUUUAUCCUCUUAUUCAUCUCUUUCAUCUUCUUCUCCAUCGUCUCGAAAGUUUGAUACUUUUUCCUCUGGUUACGGUUCCCGUGAAGAUACUUGACCCAUUUGAUCUUCAAAUAAAACCCCAAAUCUCCCCCCCCCCCCAUUCAGUUGCCUGAUCAGAGACUCCCAGACCUUAAAGGCCUAACUUUUUUUUUUUAGUUUUCGUCGUCUCUUGUCUCCAUGAAGAAGGUGCUUCAUCGAAGCUUUAAGCCUGCGAAAUGCAAAAUCACAUUGCAAAUGGCGGCUUCGCGGCUGAAAAUACUGAAGAACAAGAAGGACACACAGAUCAAGCAGUUGAGGAGAGAGCUGGCUCAGUUGCUCGAAUCCGGUCAGACCCAGACCGCUCUAAUCCGGGUGGAGCAUGUAGUGAGAGAAGAGAAGACAGUGGCUGCUUAUGAGCUCGUUGGUAUCUACUGUGAACUUAUCGUUGCUCGUUUGGGUGUCAUUGACUCGCAAAAGACAUGCCCUAAUGAUCUUAAGGAAGCUGUUGCUAGUGUCCUAUACGCUUCCAAAAGGUUAACAGAUGUCGCCGAGCUAGCUGAUGUCGUUAAGCAUUUCUCUGCAAAGUAUGGAAAAGAUUUUGUUUCUGCUGCUGUUGGGUUGCAACCAGACUCUGGUGUGAGCCGCUUGUUGGUGGAUAAGUUGUCUGUUAAAGCUCCUGAUGGCCCAACGAAGAACAAACUGUUGAAGGAGAUUGCUACGGAGCAUAAUGUAACAUGGGAACCAGAAACUUUGGUUCAGCCAGAUCCAAAGGAAACUGUAUUGUCGAGUGGAGCAAGUUCCUCUCAGUCAGUGAGUGGAAUGAGCUCAGGUUCUUCAAGGAUCCCACACAAUCAACCUCCCAAUUUUCAAGCUCCAGCUACUGUUAAUGUGGCACAGAACUUAUAUGAAACUGAUGGAAGAUCUUCAAGCCGCACUGCAUCUACUGAUCACUAUCAUCAAGAUCCAAGACCUUCGGGAGAUAGAACUGAUGGCAGAGAUCACAGACCUCCGAAUCCAGGUUAUGUGGAUUCAUCUCCAUAUGAAACAGAAUUUGCUGAUGCUACGGCUGCUGCUCGUGCAGCUGCUGAAUCUGCUGAAAGAGCCAGUUUUGCUGCUCGUGCGGCUGCUGAGCUUUCAAGCAAAGAAAGGAUGAGGACGACGAUGCAGAGUUCCACAGAGUCGCUGACAUCAUCCUCUUAUGAUACUUUAAGAAACGAGGCCUCACAUAGACAUGGUAGUAGCAGCUCAAAUGUGCAAAGCGGAGGUUUUGUUACAGAAGAAAUGUCAGGAAGCAGUUACAGGCAAGAAGAAGAUCAAUCUACUGCUAGGACAGAGCUUUCUAAGAAGAAUGUUUAUGAGCAAUCAGAAAAUGCUUCAUGGAAGAGAGGUCAUUCUCGAGAUAGCUCAUUGGAGAUGGAGCGGCCAAGUAAAGAUGAUAUCAACGUUAGCUGUUCAGAAGAUGUCCAACUCAAGAAACAGUCAAGCUUGGCUUCUUCAGGAUCACACAGAAGCUAUUUUUCUGAUGAUGAUAACGCCGCCACCUCGGAUCAUAUCGAUGCACCGAGCAUCUUUGAGGACAAACGUUUUCAGAGCACUGUUGAAGAUACAGAGAGACAGAAUCACGGUCAUGAUGUUGCUCCGGCUUUUGAUGAUCAUAGCUCGUUUUUCUUCGAUGAACCUCAAUUCGACACAGAAGAUUAUGGCGAUGAACAAGAACAUGGAUUAGGAUUUUCAUUACUUGGAAGCAACAGCAAUAUGCCAUCAGAGACACAUUCAUGGAGUUUCAAAGGAGACAAGUCUCUGGGACAACCUAGCUCAUCAACCUCGCAGGUUCUUGAAAAGGAGAAGCCAAGUUCUCCGUUAUUUGAUGAUUGUCCUACAAGUCCUCCAGCUUCUCUGCAUGAUCCCGAGCCGUCUGCAAAGUUUGACGAUUAUGACCGAGAUUCUGAAAGUGAGGAAGACGAUAAAGGAAUACUUUCUGGAAGUGUAGAAGAAAAGCCAAAGGUGGCAUCUCACAAGUCACCAACAGCUGAAGUUCCUGACGAUUUAGGACGCUACUUUUUCCCCUCAGACACAGAAGACCAAGGAGAUGAUUCCCUGCCACAUGAAGAGUCAGACGCAGAAACUCCUAAAGGUUUGAGCUUUGGACCUCUGGCCGAUGAACUUCAUGAUGAAAAGACACUCCCACCUUAUGGAAUGAGCCCGCCAAGAGAGAAGAUAUUGCCUACGUCUGUAAAAGAGCAUGUCCAAACAGAGGUUGAUCCGCCUUUACAGACAGUUUCGUCCAGAAAAGAUCUUUACACUCAGAAAGCAAGUAACCCGGACAAAAGACCAAGCUCUAUACCUCCUUCAUAUUCAUCUUCAAGUGAUGAUGAAACAGAGAUGGAACUUCGAAAGAGAGUUUCUAUAAGAAAUCAAGAUAAAAGAACUGAGCUAAGCACACGGCUGACUCAUCCUCCUUCGCGUGUCACCACCCAUGAUGACUCGAAGGAAGGUAUCCCGACUCGAGCUUCUGUUAGAAGUCAAGAGAAGAGGACCAACAAGACCACCCCUGCUGUUACCUCAUAUUUCCACUCAGUGUCCAGUGACGAUGAAGAUGAUGAGAGAGAGCUCCGUAGAGGUGGUUCAAGCAUUCAAACCAAGCCGUCUAUAUCCAUCUCAAGAAGAACAAAGGGGCAAGAGAGAAAAUCAUCCCUGUUCACUGCAAAAACUGAGAAAGUCUCUCAUGAUCAGGACUCUAUCCCAAAGCUAAUAUCUGAGGCCAAGCCACUGGCUAAGAAACAAGAGUCAGCUUCUUCCAGCUCUCUUCCAAAAACUGUUAAAGUUUCUCACGAUCAAGAAUCUCCUCCAAAGCUAGCUUAUAAGGCCAAACCACAGGCUGAUAAAGAAAGGCCAGCUUCAUCUUCAAGUUCUAUUCCAGAAACCGUGACAUCACCAGAACAAGUAACUCCAGCGAAGCAGAAAGCUAGCCAUGUUCAUCCCAAGCUCCCAGAUUACGACGACAUAUUUUCCAAGCUCGGGGCUCUGCGUCGCUGAACUUUUACUCAUCUACCCGUUUGUUAUUAUAUAUCAUAUUCACUGUUUUGUCAACUCUUAUUCUUUUGUUUGAUUUUUUGCUUGAAGACUGAACUUGAGAGUAUCCUGAGGAUUAUUUCCCUGCUAUGAGAUUACUUCAUUUGUUAUGUACAAAACAUAUAUACUUGAAUUUCUUAUCAAGUUGUUGUGUA